AAAUUUGUUAAAUAAAUUUUAGUCUACAAAAUUUGAAAAUUCAAGUUAAAAAAUUGGCAUGAAGAUUUUACUGAAAUUAAUUUUACAAGUUUUGUUUAACUCCCAAUUGAUAUCAACUGUUAUUUUUUUUAAAUCUAUAUCUCAGCGAAAUUGACAUUUUUUCAAUUAAUGUUUCAAUUUUUUUUAAUUAAUUAAAUUUUGAUACUUUUAUUACAAUUGAGUCAUUGAAAAUUUUUAAAAAGUGGGAGUACUGUCUGAGAAUGGCCUCAAAUGAAACAGAAAGUUUAAUAAAAUUUAUCGAAUUUUCUCGAUUGUUCUUUACGAAGAUGACGAUGCGUUAAAUAAACGGAUGACUAAACUUCUUUGCAUAUUAUUUCAUAUUUUUUUUCAGUUCGAAUAAAAUAAACAACUUCCAGGUGUAACAUAAAAUAAAUAUAAUUAAUGUAAAUAUUUACUAAUUACUGUUUACUGUUAAAAAAGUAAUUAAAUUAGUAAUGAGUAAUGAGAUAAAUAACGAUGUGAAUAAGAUAAUAAUGUAAAAAAAAAAUAUAAUUUAAAAUGGUGAGAUUUUGAAAAUAAUUGUAAGCCAAAUGGCAAACAAUUAUUACUCCUGGGAAACUAAAUAAUAUUAAGAAAAUAUUGUUUUUAAUGUUAUGUUAUCUGUGAGAUAAUUGGAGCGUUACUAAGACGUUGUUAUGUACGUUAACGUUAUGUGUUAGGCGUUAAUGUUAAUGAUGGAAACAGGGCUGACAGGAUGUUUAUAAAUUUACGAUCGACUAUAAACAAAAUUACACAUAUAAUUGAUUUAUGUUUUAUGAUUAUUUAUAAAUAUACAGACCGGGAUAGGAGUAAAAUGUUCGACCUAGUGAAUGUUUUUUAUCGGUAAUCAUCGCUUGUCAACCUCAUUAUCAAUCUAUAAUAAUAAAUGGAAUAGAUGCAUGCAAACGGUUAAAACAUGCGCAAACUUAUGUCACUAUUACGUAGUAUAAAUUUUAAUUUAUCUCACGUAAGGUUUUAUGGUAGACAAAAGGUUUAUAUUUUAUUUUAUUUACUAUUUUUAUCCAGUUACUGAUAAAUUAUUUUAUUUAUUACUGUAAAUAAAAUAUAAAGAUAUAAAAUAUGAAUUUUUUAUCACUGGACUACCGAGAAAUAAUUAUUAUAGUAAUUACUAGUGUAAUUUUGUCAAGCGCACAACGCUGUUCAUUAGAUUACCGACCACUUGUAUUAAAUCUUAAUAAUGAGUACCAAACAUCCGGUAUAUUAUUUACGUCAUCAAAAAAUUAUUCAUCUUUUGAAUGGUCAACAUUUGCGUGUAACAUGGUAAAAAAUUUAUCGAACGAAGGAAUACUAUCAGCAGUUAUAGAAUUUGAUGAAUUGAAAAGAAAAAUAGAGUUUUAUCAAACACGUAUAAUACGUCCACUGGUAGUAUAUAUUAUUGAUGAAAUACGAGAUGUUAUAAUGUUCGAAGAACUGUCAAAAACAAUUGAUAUGAAUUAUCCUAUUUGGUUAUUAAUAUUCACCGGAUCAUCAAUGAGUGAUUCAACAUGUGAUUACUGUCAAAAUAUACAAAAUAAUAAUUUAUCGUUGACCUUCAACUCUGAGAUGAUCGUUUGGUGUUGUUGUAAUCCGGAAUAUCUAUAUGAAUGGUGGUCGAAUGAUGGGUAUAAUUUUUCAAGAGGACAUUAUGCUAAUUGGACAUAUGAAACAGGAUUACAACGUAUUAGUAAUGAUUCAUUGUAUGCCAUUCGUAGCUCUGUUGAUGCGCCACUUCGUAUUGCAUAUGUUACUAAUUCAGUUUUUUUUCACUACAAUAAUUUGAAAAUGGGCGGAUUUAUGGGCGAUAUACUUGAGGAGUUAACAACAACAUUACAUAUUAUACCACAAAUGAUGAGUCAAAAUAUUUUUGGUACAUGGAAUGAUGAAGAUAAAGUAUGGACAGGUAUGGUGGGAACAUUGUGGCGUCAUGAAGCUGAUUUAGGUGUCGGUGAAGUAACAAUGACAAGACAUAGACGUGAAAUAUUAGACUUUACAUUGCCUUUGACAUUAUCGCCAUGUCGUUUAUACUUCAAAGAACCAAGUGCUUCAUUACAGUGGUCUUCUUAUUUCGAGGCAUUUAGCGAUCAUAUCUGGAUGAUAAUAAUGAUAUUACUUAUGUUGACUCCGAUACUGUUAACAUUUAUGAAGAUACAACAGAAAAAUAAAUAUAUUACCAAUAUUGUUUUAGAAAAUUAUCUCAAUGUUUGGGGUAUCUUUUGUCAACAGGGAUUGUCAGAAUUUCCGACACGGACAUCAUUGAGAAUAGCUUAUUUUUCAAUGUUUAUUUCGGCAUUGGUCAUAUCAGCUGCUUAUUCAGCCGCACUUAUAAGCUUUCUGACAGUAUCUACUGAUAACAUGCCCUUUAAUUCUUUAGAUGAGUUUAUUGCAGAUGGAACUUAUAAAUUUCUUGUACUAAAAGAUAGUGCGGAUUAUGAUUUAUUUUCUUAUUCAAGUGACCCAAUAACAAAAGAUUUAAAAAAAUUAAUGGAAACUGAAGAACGAUUACCACCUUCUGUCUAUGAAGGAUUUUUUCAGGUAUGUAUACAAAAAGCUGCAUUCUAUGCAAGUGACGCUAUGAGAAUGUCAAUGAAUGAUACUUUUCCAUGUGAGAUCACGUACAUUGAAACAGGAAGAUACGAUAGUCUGGCUAUGAUACUACCUCAUCACAGUCCUUACACUGGAAUAUUCAAUCAUCAAAUUCAUCGAUUUAGAGACAAAGGUAUACUCAACAGAUUUAUACGUAAAUAUUUUAUUAAAAGAAAUCCUAAAGUAAACGCGUAUGAUGCAGUAACAAUACGAGGUGUUGCGCCUAUUUUGGUAGUUUUUACAGGUGGCUUAACUUUCGCAAUAAUUUUACUUUUAAUUGAAAAAGUUAUUUUUUUUUACGGUAACUACACAUCGGCGACAACACAUUCUGUUCGUGUAACGAAAAUUGAUGUAGAACACAUUGAACAUUCUUUUACUUUCAAGGUAAAAAGACAGAAUAAUUUUAUUAAUGAUAAUACUAAGGUCAAUAAUAAUCAUGACGAUAAACUUUUAUUUCCUCUUAAAAAUUAUUAUCCGUAAACAACAAAAAAAACAAAAAAAAAAAUUACUAUGUGUAAAUAAUUAUAUUUAAUUGACAAAUGUGUUAUUAGUGAAAUUAUUUUAAAUAAAAUAU